AUGGAUGCAGGAUCUAGGAGGAUCUCUUCUUCACGCUUAAUUUGCAAGACACAGUCUCGAUGCCCUCUUCAAGAACAGUUUAUGCGAAGGAGAAAUGCUCUAGAAAACAUGGAAGCAAAAGUUAUACCAAACGAGCCCAAUUUCUUCUCAUCUGUUCAUCAGAACAAACCAACAAAGCCCUGUUGGUACAUUCCCCAGACUUCUGAGAGGACAUUAGAUGCUCCCGAUCUGGUUGAUGAUUACUACUUGAAUUUAUUAGAUUGGGGUAGCAGCAAUGUUUUUGCCAUUGCUCUUGGAAACACGGUAUAUUUAUGGGAUGCUUCUGAUGGUUCUACCUCAGAACUUGUCACCCUUGAUGAUGAAAAUGGACCAGUGACAAGCGUAAAAUGGGCUCCUGAUGGCCGACACAUAGCUGUUGGCUUAAACAAUUCUGAAGUACAUCUUUGGGAUUCUACAGCCAAUCGACAGUUGAGAACUUUGAGAGGUGGUCAUCAAUCACGAGUUGGGUCCCUGGAUUGGAACAAUCAUAUUUUGACAACCGGAGGAAUGGAUGGUCAAAUCAUCAACAAUGAUGUAAGAGUCAGAUCACAAAUAGUUGAAACCUAUAGGGGACACCAUCAAGAAGUUUGUGGGUUAAAAUGGUCAGCCUCAGGCCAGAAAUUAGCAAGUGGGGGAAAUGACAAUCUCCUCAAUAUAUGGGACAGAUCAGUGGCUUCUUCUAAUUCCCCAACGCAAUGGCUUCACAGGCUCGAAGACCACACAGCUGCCGUGGAAGCACUUGCUUGGUGCCCAUUCCAGGGUAACUUGCUGGCCUCUGGUGGAGGAGGAGGUGACAGGUGUAUAAAAUUUUGGAACACCCACGCUGGAGCAUGCUUGAAUUCGGUUGACACAGGCUCUCAGGUUUGCACUCUGUUGUGGAACAAGAAAGAGCGUGAGCUGCUUAGUUCUCAUGGUUUUACUCGGAAUCAGCUCACUCUUUGGAAAUACCCAUCAAUGUUGAAUGUAGCAGAGCUUACUAAUCAUACAUCAAGAGUUCUUUUCAUGGCUCAAGUAAUAACUUAAUCUGAAAUUUUUAAUUUUCAGAAAGUUUGUUUUUAACAGUUACCAUAUGUAAGUGCAAAAUUCCGCUCAACCAAUAAUGAUUGAGAAAAAUCAAAC